AUGUCCAUCUCGCCGUAUCCCGCCCCGAUGUCUCCUGAAGAUGCACCUCAGGAUGAUCUAGAGCGUGAGUUGGAAAGUCUUAUGCACGAGGAUGCUGAUCUUGAUCACGAGCCAGAUCACGCUCCCGAGACACACGACCCGCCUCCUCCCCCUCCGAAACGCCUUCGUGGUGCCCAACUGAUGCUUAGUAGCACAGAUACUGAUCAACGUCAUGCCCAAGUGUCAGAUCCUCCCAAGGUUCCAGCAAAGAUGGACAAGGCCAAGAAUGUCCUUGAAAUUGUGGCGGAAUACGAAGGUUGGAGCCUUGCAAAUCACCCCGACUUUGCUCCCCGCCAUCGCAUGUUUAUGUCUGUCGCGAAAUUCAUCUGCGACAUGAACGCGGCCAACUACAUGAUGUCGAAUGUGCAGAAGCUAACCAUCUUCAUGCUCAUCGAUGGUGGUAGUUGGCGAGCUCAUAAGCGACAACUCUUUCAUCUCCGUGAUGGUGCUUGGGACAUGGCAGACAAGCUCACGCUUGAAGCAUGGGAUUUGCUAUCAGCCUUAGAAGGACUGUUUGUUACCAUCGCAUCGAAGUUCGAGGAAGCCGGCGGUGAGGUCAAAUGGUCAUGGAGCGAGGCGUCGGAGUUCAUCCGCGACACCAUCACUGAAUCUAUUCAUGACGGGGAUCUCAUCGAUGUACUUGCCUCGUUUGCGAAGCAGAACAGUGAUCAUGUCCGUAUGGUCACUAGUAACAAAACCUGGAAGGCCACAUGGGCCAGAAGGGUUGCCGACAUGGUCGCUUCCUACCGCAAGGCUUGGGAAACCAACGCCCAUACAGCAAUCCUAUCUCGCUUGUUCUUACAGGAUUGCGAAACGCCAAUGCCGAAAUCGCAAGGCAUUUGCUUCGAUGAUAUCUAUUUGACUCCCACAUGGGAUAUCCACCCAAAGUCAGAAGCCCGCGACUGUUAUGUUCGAUUCGACUAUCCAUAUUUCUACGAGAACAUGGUGAUGUCUGACUCUACCAUCAACGUUGACACCUUCAAAGAAAAGCUUCGUCUCUUCAUCACAUCAUUGUACUACAAGAACGAGCACGCGUUCCAGGUCAAGCUGUGCUUCUUAUGUGCUGCCUUUCAGGGCGUGUGUACUGGAAAAAUGCUAUUCCAAAUCGGUCGUGGCGGAGACGGUAAAGGCAUGGAAGCGGUACUCGAUGCAGCACUCUUUGGGUCCUUAUCAUCGGCAAGUCUCGACUGUGGUGUCUUUCUGGAUCGUAUGGAGUUUCGCAAGAGCGCAGAAUUGGCGUGGAAUAAGUCCAACAUUCGCAUCCAGGAAAUGGACACCAAAGUGCGAUUUCUGUCCGAUAUAUGGAAAAGGUUCAUAGUCGAUGAAGAGAUCGACUGUAGAGUGAACUACGGAUUCACGACGAAGAGACGUUUUGGAACAUCCUUGAAGAUACAGGAGGUAAACUACGAAAAUGUUCCUGUCAUCGAGGAGAGCAGAGACAUGAACAAGGCCUGUGAACAACUUCGCAGACGAGUGGUUUGUAUUCGGAUGGGGAAUGCAACAUACACACCGAAUCCUGCCGAAGUUGAUCACAAAAACGGCCUCUAUCUGCUCAUUCCACAGGAUGAACUGACAUCUUUUCUUCGUCACCCGGUUACAGCAGCACUGUAUUUGCGAGAAUGGUGCUUGCCCUUCUUCCAGGAGAACUCUUUGGCGGAUUGCUUGAAGAUGUUGCAUGAUUUGAAGUCAAUUGAUGAUCGUCUGGAAGCAGACACCCAGUGGUUGGCAGCCAAACUAUCUGGGCGAGAUCUUCCACCUCCUGGCAAUGAUCGGACAUUACUCGACGCCAAUGACGAGAUCGUAGAAUUGGUACAUGGUGCAACUCCACACAAGUCGAUCAUCAAGGAGUACUUGCUUCACAAAAUCGAGGAGCUUCCAGGGUGCAUAGCAUCAAGUCGUGGUCGUACCACCAAGCUUCAGACCUUCGUUAGCGCAAUCGAUCAUUCAGCCAUGAAACUCUUUAAGCAACUGGACCACAACUCAUUCGAGAAGCUGCAGAUCAACUGGGCGAAGCUGAAGCAGUCGAUGAUUCGAUGCGGAGGUCAGGAAAUGUUCGGUAAUUGGAUGGAGUGGACGUGCCCAUUUGAUCUGAAUUUUGUCAUCCAGUCGUGGGAUGGCAAUGCAUUCCAUGACUACUCAGCAUUCUACAUGCAACAUUGCACAUCCAGAGGCAAUGCCGAUGCACUACUUCGACCACUGGCUGCUGCAGUACAGGAGAGUGUUGAGCUUGAACAACUCCGACGAUAUGCUGAACAGGGACAUGAUCGCCGACAAGAGCUUCUGGAAGCCUACAUACAUCGUCACGACACCGCGGGGUUCUUGGAUGCAGAUGGUAUGUCAGUGAUUGAGGUGGAGUACUACACGCGGCCAUGCUAUGGUAGACUACUUGCUCGUGGUGUUUCGGGACAGAAGCUUACCAGGGAGGCCAGAGCGGUGGCCUUCCAGCAUUGCACCGAGGUAGACGCAGCUUGUUGCCACCCCCGUCUUUUGCGACAGAAGUUGAUGGACUUGGAUGCUUGGUCAGAUGCCAAGUACGUCAUGCUAUCUCGCUUCAUCAAGAACUACAAGUCGCGGCGUCAGUGUAUCGCCGACUACAUGGACAUCUCAUUGGAUGAUGCCAAAGUCGAGCUUAUCAGGCUGUUUUACGGAGGCAAGCCUACCUGUAGCAUUCCAUUUCUCCUGAAGCUAUGCUCGGAGAUUCAGCUCGCAGCACAGGUGAUCGUUCAUCAUGAGAGUUCACGACGCUGGCAACAGUUAUACUCGGAUCGCCGCAAUCCUGAGUUUUCCCGUCUAUCUGGGAUACUUUCCUUUGAUGAGGCCAGUAUGCUUGCAGAGGUGUCCAGUUUGAUGGGAGACUCCAUGUGUGUCUUGCUCUUCGACGGUGGCUACAUCAGGUGUCGUGACCUACAUGAUGACGUUGCCUUGCAUCAUGCUUUGGAGACUGAAGAUUCUCGUGUCGGUACACAGAUUCGCCGAUGGGGACCCUUGACCACUAACUCUCUGCCUCGACUUCUUGUGCGUCGUGGUCUCGCGCAAUUCUACCGCACACAGGAUGUAGUGGACUAUGGGAACUGUCUUCUCACUUCACUCUACUACAUGGAGCACGAGUGUGAUUUGGGUGAACUCACCGAGAAUGAGCUUGACGAUGGCAUCUCGGCCAGAGAGUUCAAUUUGUACUCAUUGCACUGUUCACAGAGGGAUGAGAACGCAGUGCAUGCUUUGAAGUGGCUACCUGAUGGUUUUCGACCUGAUGAUGCUACAAAUGGUGCAGUCUAUGUGUUCCAUGAACAGUCGAGCCCAGGAGUAGUCGGUCAUUGGUGGACUGCUAAAAUCUGUGGGGAAACGGAAAUAGCGGUUUUUGACUCCACAGCUCCAGAAUGUCUCAUGGGUGCCAAGAUCGUGGAUUUUCAGACUAUCCUGGAGGAGAUCGACGGUAUGAAUGCUUUCCUACUCAUUUUGACGACGGCGACUGAACCGGUAGACAUGCCUCUUCACUCCGCGUACGAUCUGCGAGGUGCAGGUCCACCCGAUACAGAUGCAAAUACUCUUUACAUCACCACUCCAAUCCGAGCUUGCGUGGAAUGCAGUUCUCCUUUGGCGCCGGCUCAUGAAGUGGCAGGACGCGUCUACACAUUGAGCGGAUUGCGGCAAGUGGUGGUUACAACAAAACGCUGCUCGAGGAAAAGCUGUCGCGCACACCAUCACUACAAUUACAGAAAGGUCGACGGUCAAAAGUACCACAGUCUGCCUUUGGAAGACCUGGAGUACCUCUUCGUGAACAGCAAAGUAGGAUUCGAACGCACCUUCUUGGACUAUCACGACGCGCUUCAGUUCCGCGGAGGCAUCAGUCACAAUGCCAUCGAGUUCGCGCAGUCGCAAACACUUUGGGAAGACGCAGAACAGCAUUACAGAUGGCAUCGUGAGUACGCGAGUGCGCAGCUCUACUACUCCGUCAUCUUGGAAAGCACUGAGAUGUGGGGCAAUUCCACAGCAACCAUGAGACGUCGAAUCUUCAACAUUGAGAUCGACGACCCGCUGUCGAACGACUUCUUGACUGAAUACCAGGACUGGUGGCACAAACAUCAGCUUUCUAGAGUCGAAUGGCAAAAGGUCACCGAAGUGGUGAUGGAUGGCCAUGAGAAAGUCGCCGCAAAAUGUCCCGGAAUUCCGCUAGCUCGCGCCGGUCGCCCACGCAAAGACGGUCAGACUCCGCAGCGACAGAAUGGCUGGUUCAUGGCCAUUGACCCAGGGUGCGGCCUUAUCCUUUCUGUCACGAACAUGUUGGAGCCGGAGAAUAACGAGGUUGCGAAGGCAGUCCUGAACAAAGUUAUAUCUCGUGCUUCCAAUUUGAACUGUGUCAUUUACGACAAGAUGUGCGUUUGUCAGAAAGCCUUCAGUUCCGACCAGAACUUCGCGAAAGUGAAGUAUUGGUGCGUAGAUCGCUUCCAUGCAAAAGCUCACGGUGAUCGUUGCCCAUGCUCGCCUUUGCUUCAUCGCCGACUUGAUCUUCGAUUGCGUGAUGUCAACACCUCGAUUGCAGAACAGACGUUCUCGUGGUUCCGCGGAUAUGCCUCCAGUUUCAACACCAAGAACGCAGACACACACAUCUUCUAUGUCCUGCUGUAUGUCAAAAAGCACAAUCUCCUUGUCCGCAAAGACUACAUUCGCCACCUGAAUCCCUUCAGUGCUCGGGCCAAGGCAUCCAAGUCUCGCCAUGUUCUGACGCGUCCAUCGUCCAAGAAGUAUCAUUGUCGUCGCCCUGCUGCCUCCGGUCGUGCUGGUGUCGUCUACAAGAAGCCGUCCAAGAAAGUGAGGAAAAAUCACAUCAAGCAGAAGUGA